CCACACAGAGACAGCUCCCCGUGAGGAUGAGAGUGCCCGGCUGCAGCUGAGAGCUGGGAAGGGCCACCAGGGUCUGGAUUUUGGGGAUCUCCGGUGUCGCAUGCUGUGGGGGGCAGCCUGGGAUCCCAUGCAAUGUGAGUGAGCUAUGCAUUUUGGAAAUGACCAGGCUGCAACCCAGAGAAAAGAUGGCGCCUCCCCCCCUGCACUGGGACUGCGGCUCUGCCCCCUCUUCCUGGUGUCUGCUGGGCUCCUGCUGGGGCUCGGAUCGGGGGCAACCGCUGGAUGGUGCCAACCCUGCCCGGACAACUGCACUUGUACCAACUUCACGGUCAAUAGCCCCUGCUUGGUGAACUGUUCUGCAAGGGGGCUCCUGGAGGCUGCAAGUGCCCCUGCCAAUGUCACCACCCUAGACCUGUCGGAUAAUAACAUUACGACCUUGGACAAAGGAUUAUUUGAACAGUUAGAGAAUCUGCAGGAGUUAGACCUGAGCGGAAAUAGUUGGGUGUGUGACUGCCAUCUUGCCUGGCUCCCUCGUUGGGCUGAAGAUCAAGGUGUGACAGUUUUGGAGACAAACUCUACCCUUUGUGCCCAGCCGUCUGGCGUGUCCGGUCAUCCCUUGUUCAAUGUGUCUUUUGCCCGGGCUACAUGUGGAGCUGAUUUUAUCUCCUGUCCUCGCAAUCUGUCGGCCGGCAAUGAAUCCGUGUUGGUUUUCACACCCGUAGCCUCCACUCAGCUCAGUAACGAGUCCUGUAGUGCCCUGUGCUUUUCGGAGCUGUACACGCACGGAGCCCUAGACUCUCAGCAUGGGUGCCUGUGUGGCAACACCACGUCCCUCUGCCAGGACAUGUGCGAGACUCCAUCGAUUCUCUCCAACUGCGGGUUGACCAUAAUUCAGGAUGUUUUCACUGCUCAGCUCUCACUCACCAUCCAUCGGUCAAAAGAGACCUACAGCCUUGGGGAAGCUCUGGAACUAGAAGUCAGGGCUCCGAUCCCCAUCACUGCUUUACUUUGGGACUUGGGGGACCAAAUUAUCAACACUACCCAGAGUAAUUUGACCCACAGGUAUGCCCAACCUGGGCUGUAUAAUGUCACUGUGACCCUACAGGUGGGCAACAGGAAUGUUGUUGUCCACAAUGAGGUGCCUGUGGUGGGGUCACCCGACGAGAUUCAAAUAAUGUGCUCAUCGCUAGUGAGAACCCAUGAAAGUUUGAACAUCAAUGUGUCUAUGAGGGGCGGAACACGUGUGGAUGUUGGAUAUACUGUAACGUCUCAGCGUGGUGAGACAGUCUCUCCUGCUUGCCCAGCUGGGAGUCUGGUCUUUCCGGAGAAUAAUCAUUGCUAUCAGCUGGUGUCGGAGAAAGCUGACUGGUUUGAGGCACAGAGGAUCUGCAAGGAGAGAGGCAAUGGAGACCUGGUGAUUGUUAGAGAUGUUCAUGUCCAGGAUUUUCUGAAGUAUCAUAUUAUCAGUGGACUCGAGGUGUGGAUUGGCUUCAAUGAUUCCAGUAGCGAUGAUGCCCUUGACCUUCAGAAUUGCCAGAACCAUCUUCCAGGGGAACCCCAACCAUCCCAGGCCGAUCGCUGCGUGAGGAUGGGUCCGUCGGGGGUCUGUAACAUCGACCUCUGCAGUGCGAAGCACAGCUAUGUGUGUGAUUACAAACCACAAGGUGUUACUUUGACGGCUAACUAUUUUGUGUUGGGAUCUCAAGUUUUUGAGAUAAAAUGGCCAUUGCGGAAUCUAACAAGAACAGAGAACGUGUCAUCACCUGAUGGCGGAGUAGAGGUUCUUAUCUUCCCAGGACUACGCUUUACACAGGAGGUUUACCUGUCCGCUCUAGAAUUUGCGACACGUGAUCUGGAGAAACCCGUCCAGAUGAGAUUUCAAGUGUUCACCAAAAAAGAUGGACAAAGUGAUGCUCCCGAGAGCCAGACCCCUAUGCCCGACAUCCUGCUUGUCAACGAGACACUUCCGGAGUGUGAGGAUGGCCUGGAUUGGUCCAAUUCCACCAACAGCACUUUUCCAGAGGGAAGCGGGUGCCUUCCAACCAAUAAAUCCAUAGACUCUACUUCUUCAUCCCCUCUUCCCGGUCAAAGCUAUCGUAGCUUUGUCCUGUUAAAGGAAGUUGUAUUCACCAUUCCACCCGGAAACUCCACGCAUUAUUUGGCGUUUUUUGAGGAUGUGAGAAUCCCAGUUCAUCCUGAUCACCUUCUGAUUGUACAGCAUGAUGGCCCCAAUGAAGGAUUCCUGUAUUGUAGCUCUUCAGAGCCUUGUUAUUAUUCUGUACAUCAACCCAAUUGGAUGUCUUCCAUAUCUGAAAAUCUCUUGGAGGAAGCAUGGACCAAUCAGACAUCCAACACUGGGUUAGGAAACCAGGGACAGGGUACCUGCAUGUCCUGCGCGAUCAGAGUCGUUGGCACCACUGAAGACGUAGCUCCAAUAUUCAACCAGACUCCAAACUUUGGUUUGUGGAAACCUGGGCAUUAUACUGUUACAGGGCACUUUAGCAAUCAGGUCUUUAAUGCCAACAGAUCUUGUAGCAUCUUUGUGGUAUCACCAGUUUCGGGCUUAUGUGUGAUCUACCCAACACCACAGGAGGAUAUAAUUUACGUCUCCACUAAUAAUACAGCCCUGGUACUUAAAAUACUCUCUGGAUCAAAUGCUACAGCUUCUUGGAUGGGUAGUAACCAAACCUGGGGUUUCCAACGGACAUGUCCUCCUCACAUCUCUACUUUGACUUCAAAGUGUGCUGAGGAGGAAGGAGAUGUUUGGUACUCGGAGAUCCUCCUCGAUGGACUCAGUAAAGGAUUUAUGGAUCUUGUCAUCACUGUGCAAAAUGCUAUAAGUUCACAGAACAUAACCAUUCCAGUGAAAGUGGAGGAACCUAUCCGUGGGCUGAGUGCCAACCCUAUACCCCAAGCCAGAGUCCUACUCAACACCCUUGUGAAUAACGUGGCUUCGGUGGAGGCAGGCUCAGAUGUUGUGUUUAAAUGGAUGGUAGAUGAUCGAUCGUCCUUCACGUACUACAACGCAGUCUUCAAUGUCAUCUACCGCAGCGCAGCUAUUUACAAGCUGACGCUUACGGCUUCAAACCACGUGAGCAACGCUACAGUGAAUUACAAUGUGACCGCGGAAAAAAUGAACCCAAUGCAUGACUUUAUCGUCUCUGGAAUUCCAGCAGUUGGUACCCAGAACACUUUGAUAGAACUUUCAGCAAGUAUUCUCGUUGACUCUGCCGUGGAAGCCAUAUUUAGUUGGUCAUUUGGAGAUGGCAAUAGCACAAGGCAAGAGUAUCAUUAUCGACCGCCAUACAAUCAAUCGUUUCCCGUUCCAAACCCAUUGAUCCAUCAGGUUUUAAUUGAGAAUAAUGUCACGCACAGUUAUCAGGAGCCAGGAAUGUAUAAUAUAACCGUGUCAGUGUCCAACAAGUAUGAGAAUGUCUCCAUGGUGAUUCCUCUGCAAAUUCAAAGCAUCCUAACCAACUUAAGUAUUGAAAGCGAAGCGGAAGUCAUUGUUCUUGGGAGCACUGUUGUUUUUGAAGCAAAAGCAGAGCCCUCACACGUUGGGAUUUUUUACAUUUGGGAUUUUGGCGAUGGUUCUUUGCCAGCAAACACGAGUGAUCCCACAGUGAACCACACUUUCCUCGAAUUAGGAGUGUACAAUGUUAGCUUGAUCGCCAGGAAUGACAUUAAUGAAAUCUGGGUCACAAAGACCUUCUAUGUCCACGAAGAGAUCACCGGUUUGUUGGUCUCCUCAAAUGAACCGACAGAGAGAGGCUUGCAGACGUUUAUAAAUGCCUCAGUGGAAACGGGAGAUAAUAUCACCUGGAACUUCAGCAUGGGGGAUGGGUCUCUGCUAGUGGGGAAUGAACCCAUGGUUAACCACACGUACUCUAAAGAUGGGAAUUAUACAGUUAUUGUCACGGCUAGUAACCCAGUAAAUUCUGUGUCUGAGUCCUUGCACGUUCAUGUGUAUCUCUUGCAGGUUCUAAAGAUAGAACCGUCCACUUGUAUCCGUGAAAACCCAAACGUCACGCUAACGGCAUACGUCACGGGGGACUAUGAAAGCUAUACGUUCAACUGGACAUUUGGCAAUGGUACGUCCAUCAUCACUGCUUACGGUUUCCCUUCAGUCGAGUACAACUUCUCGACAAGCGGUAUAUACCCCCUUUCUCUAGUUCUUGCUAGUGAAGUCAACAAGGCAUACUACUACACCAACAUCUGUAUAGAGCCAGAGAUUGUUAACGUUACCAUCUUACCAGACACACAGUUCAUAGCUCUUGGUGACGAGAGCCAUUUCAGGGUUGACGUCUUUCCCACUUCCUCCAGCUACAGAUAUGUAUGGGAUUUUGGGACAAAUGGAUCAAAACUCAGCAGCGGAAUACAGACUAAUUACACCUACAAACUUCCUGGAACAUAUCUAAUCUCUGUGUCUGUGUUCAAUAACGUAUCCUCCAACAAUGACACGGCCCUUGUAUACGUCCAAGAACCAGUGGGUGCAGUCAUGAUUGACUACAACGGGACUAAUGUUUUAGAAAUUGACCAGCUGUAUGUUUUUGAAGCUAUAGGGAAUGGGACAAAUGUUACCUACUAUUGGGAUUUUGGAGAUGGUAACAUGCAAACAGGACAAAUAGUAACUCAAACAUACAACAGCACUGGAAACUUUUCUAUCAUCCUACAUAGCAAGAAUGAUAUAAGCAACAGUACAGUCAGCCUAAAUAUUACUGUAAAAACCAGGAUACGAGGCCUGAGCAUGAAUGCCACACGAACUGUAGUGCCGUUAAAUGGGUCAGUAACUUUUUCCGCCUUUCUUGAGGCAGGCGAUGACGUCCAUUACUCAUGGAUACUCUGCGACCGUUGCUCCCCAAUAUUUUGCAACUCCACCAUCUCCUACACGUUCCGUUCCAUUGGUACGUUCAACGUGAUCGUCACGGCAGAGAAUGAAAUCAGCUCCUUGCAGGAUAGUAUCGUUAUCUAUGUCUUGCAAAUGAUCGAAGGCCUUCAAAUUGUUUCUUCUGACCUGGUGAAUGAUUGCUGCUUCCCGACGAAUACAAGUCUCCCGCUUCAGGCCACUGUGACCGACGGCAGUAACAUCUCCUACAGCUGGCUUAUUUUGAAAAAUGACAGUGUUGUCCAGAGUGGAGUUGGGAAGACCUAUCAGUUUACUAGUUUGGAAGCUGAAACUUACACCGUACUUCUGAAGGCUGCCAACAUGUUGGGUGCCACCAAUGUUAGUAAGAGUAUAACAUUUAUUGAACGUCUCGGCCAACUUACGCUUCAAGCUUUUCCCAACCCAGUCGCUGUAAAUUCCACAGUUAACAUCAGCAUGAGUUUGACCAGUGGCUCUGGGGUGUCAUACACGUGGUACUUAGAAGACGGAGCAGUUUGGUUCACCUAUGAGUCUUUUGUCCUUUAUAAGUUCCUAAGUCCAAAUCCAAAAGAAGUCUUUGCUGUUGCCAACAAUACCUUGGGUUCAGUCAACUCAACAAUCACCAUCUUUGUCGAAGAGCCAAUUGAAGGUGUAUCCAUUUCAACCAUAGAUCACAAAGGUGACCAUGUACCUACUGGAACUGUCCUGUACCUUGACGGGAAUGUUGAGAGAGGUUCAAACGUAUCGUGGUCUUGGAAACUUCCUGAUGGCUCAGAGGAAGGGAAGAUGCAAAUGGUACAUUUUUACGACGCUGGUAUUUUUAUAAUAGGUCUAAAUGCAUCCAACGAUGUCAGCUGGGAGACUGCUUCUAAAAACAUCACUGUACAAGACAAAAUUCAAGGUUUGAAGUUACUCGUAAGCAAAAAAGUGGUGGAACCCGGUGAGAGAGUCGUUUUCACCAUUUUACUGUCAGCUGGUACUUCCGUCAGCUACAAGUUGACGAUAAAUGGAGACUAUUCCAUCCUGCUUAAUGAUACUACAUAUACCCAUGAGUUCACAAAAAUUGGAGGUUACCCAGUAACUGUGGUUGCCACUAACCUGGUUAGUGAAGAACGUGCUACAGUGAUGAUCUCGGUUCUUGAAGCAAUAAAAAAUUUAAAAAUUGUGAACUGCUGUGAAGUAGCGAUUCCAGCUCGGGUAGAAAAAAGUUUUCGAGCAGAAGUCAGUAAUGGUUCUUUAGUCGCCUAUACUUGGCAAUUUGAUUUGCAGGGCCAGCCCACGACCAGCCUUGCAGGCAGAAAUGUCACCUAUACCCCAAUUGCCGCAGGCCUUCUCAAAAUCCACCUGAGUGCUUCAAAUGACUUGGGUAGCCAGAAUAUCACAAAAAUCAUAAAAGUCCAAGAACUGAUUGUGGGGCUUACUCUGAAACCUGUUAACGCGUAUGUUAACAGAAGCGUCACUUUUGAAGCCGUCGUUCAUCCAAGUCCGUCGGAGGUUAUCUUGCAUUGGACGUUUGGGGAUAAUUCUCCUGCUCUGGUCACUUAUAGAUCAACUGCCGAUCAUUCCUACCACGCACCUGGAGACUAUCUGGUGGUUGUAAAUGCUUCCAAUUUAAUCAGCUUUUGGAUUGCUCAAAUGGCAGUGACCACUCGGAUAUUAGAGUGCGAAGAACCUGUAGUACAGCUUGAACUGCCAACACAAGUGAUCAUGAAGAGGUCCCAAAGGAACUACAUUGAGGCAAAUAUCAAUUUGCGUGGAUGCAUCAGUUACCAAACCGAGCACCUGUGGGAGAUCUUUAGAGCUUCUAGUUGUCUUCACUACCAAGAGUCAGAUAAAGUUCAUCUUCAAAAUGUAGAUGUAAGCAGGCCGCAGCUGGUGGUCCCCAAGCUUGCUCUAGAUAUCGGAGACUACUGUUUUGUAUUCUCAGUGUCCUUUGGUGACACUCCUCUAUCUAAAAGCAGCUUUGCCAAUGUAACCAUGAUGCCAAGCAAGCUUGUGCCCAUCAUCGACGGCGGAUCUUACCGUGUUUGGUCCAAUAGUCGGGAUCUCAUUCUGGAUGGAGAGAAGUCCUAUGACCCUAACCUGGAGGAAAAUGUGCAGACGCCGCUGAAUUAUAAAUGGACUUGCACCAAGAAUUCAGAGCCUACAGGAUAUUGUUCCGACUUUGGUUCGGAAUCCGGAGUUAUGAUAAUUCCUAAAUCUGUGCUGGAGCCAGGAGUGGAGUACACCUUUUAUUUGAGUAUCAGCAAAAAGGGCAUGUCUCCUGAGUCUACCAAUCAAACGGUGUUGAUAAAAAAAGGAAGCGUCCCAAUCGUGUCCUUGAAAUGUGUGUCAUGCAAAGCGCAGUCUGUGUAUGAGGUCAGCUCCAGCUCUUAUGUGUAUCUGGAGGGAAGCUGCAGUAAUUGUCAAGAUGACUCGAGAUCAGGGAGAUGGACAGCUCAGAGUUUCAGCAACAAGACCCUUCUCCUGGACUCCAGCACUACAACCACCGGAGCCCGUGAAAUGAAUCUGGUGCUGAGACAAGGGGUGCUUAAGGAUGGAGAAGGAUACACAUUUACUCUUCAUGUGAGUGACCCCUCCAUGGACGAAGAAGGAUUCGCUUCCAUUGACCUACUGCCCAACAGUCCACCUUCUGGAGGAAGUUGUAGGAUCUUCCCGAAUAAAACUAUACAUGCCCUGUCCACCAAGAUCCAGUUUGACUGCACAGGAUGGAGGGAUGCUGAGGAUGCAGGGGCGUCCCUGGUAUUCAGUCUGAUUGUGACUCGCUGCAGGGAAGCACACUGUGAUGAGUUCUGGGUUUACAAAGGGAGCAGGUCGGAGCACAGCACCUUCCUACCCGUUGGGUUCCACGAGGCAAACUUUACAGUGAACAUAUCCGUGGUGGUGCAGGACCAGCAAGGAGCAGCGACGGUGGCCUUGAAUCACUCCCAGGUUAUUGCAAUGCCGAUCAUUCCUGAUGGAUUCCCCAGCCUUGCCCACUGGUUACAUAACCUGACCGAGACCACCCUGCAAGGCUUGUUGAAACAGGGAGACCCCCAGAAUGUGGCUGAGUAUUCCUUGGCUCUCAUCACUGUUCUCAAUGAGUAUGAAGUGCUAAUGGGCGCGCGGGGCGAGACCAGCGAUCUGGACCUUAGCAUUGUAAGGAGGAAUAUUACGGACACUCUGAUCUCACUGAAGGUCAACACCGUGGAUGACAUACAGCAAAUUGCAGCCGCGUUGGCGCAGUGUACGGUGACCAACAAGGAGCUAAUUUGUGCAUCUUGUCAACGGAAAACCCUGAACAAGCUGGAAGCCAUGAUGUCCAUACUGCAGAACGAGACCACCCAAGGUGUUAUGACCCCAACUACAAUCGCAGAUAACAUCCUUAAUAUAAUGGGAGAUGUAAUUCACUUGGUAAACACCAGACCGUCCAUCUACAAAGAAGGCAAGUUGUGCGGUGGUCUUAACAGUCCAGCUGUAGCCUCCAAGGCUUACAAUCUCUCCUCUGAUCUGAUGCGGAUCCUAAUGAAGUCCAGAGUGCUAAACGAAGAGCCCCUAACUUUGCAGGGAGGAGAAAUUCUGGCUUGGGGCAAGCGUUCCGACCCUUUUAACUUGCUCUGUUACAGCAACAAGACGGGCUGCCAGUUCUUUAUCCCACAAGGCUUCAACAGCACCUUUCUAGACCAAACAGACAUCAUCCAAGUCAUGUUCCAAGUGGACUCCAACCCCUACCCAUUUGGUUUCAUCAGUAACUACACUGUGUCCACCAAAGUAGCAUCUAUGGCUUUUCAAACCAGCAACGGGAGCCAGAUCCCUGUCGAAAGCUUAGAUUCAGAAAAGGCCAUCACAGUCAGUGUGGCCAACAACACCGGAAUGGGGAAUAUAACGGCAGGGUUGACGUCUGUGUUAAGCCACAGUUCAGUGAAGGUGGAAGUGGAGACAGAGAGCAGUAACUGGAAUGCAGGUCUUCACCUACAGGUCACCUAUGUAGUGAAGGACAGCUGGUAUGUGAGCAGUGAGCCAGAGCCUUUCAUCACAGUUUACCUACAUGAGUCAGGUCACCCCAAUCAAUACAACUAUUCCGUCAUGAAGAAGAUUGAUGCGGAUGCCAUGUCUGGGGAGGACCACAAGCUGUAUACCUUCUUCAUUGCUCCCAUUGUGGGGAACCUGACCAGACACUAUUACCUGAACAUCACUAACCAUUAUAUGUGGUCAUCUGUGGACGUAACAUUGGGUUUGUAUACCUCGUUGUGCCAGUACUUUGAUGAGAAAGAGAUGAAAUGGAAGACAGAAGGGCUUUUACCACUGGAAGACACUCGACCAGAUCAAGCCGUGUGUAAAACCCAACACUUGACUGCGUUUGGUGCCAGCUUGUUUGUUCCACCACAUUCGGUCAACUUUAUCCACCCCCCUCCUCCGCCUGGUAUAAAUUACAUUGUGCUCCUUACCUGCGCAGUUUGCUUCGUCACCUAUGCCAUCGCCACCAUUAUUGUCCAUAAACUGGACCUCCUAGAUGUAAACAAGGCAGGGGUCAUUCCAUUUUGUGGAAAGUCUGGACUCUUCAAAUACGAGGUCUUGGUAAAGACUGGAUGGGGUCGCGGGUCUGGUACAACAGCCCAUGUUGGUAUCAGCUUGUAUGGAGUGGACGAUAAAAGUGGCCACAGGCAUCUGGAUGGCGAAAACACCUUUCAUCGAAACAGCGUGGAUAUCUUCCAGAUCGCAACUGAGAGUAGUUUGGGAAAUGUGUGGAAAAUCCGCUUGUGGCAUGACAACAAAGGGCUUAGUCCAUCCUGGUAUGUACAACAUGUUAUCAUCCGAGACCUGCAGAGCAGUAAGAAUUUCUUCUUCCUGGUGAAUGGCUGGCUGUCCGUUGGACAGGAGGACAGUGGACGCAGAGUGGAACGGGAAAUCUUUGCUGCCAGUGAGACGGAGUUGAAAAGAUUUUCCCGGAUUUUCACCGCUGAACUGCAGCGAGGGAUCUCUGAGAAGCAUGUGUGGCUUUCUAUGUGGGACCGACCACCUCGCAGCCGAUUCACUCGCGUCCAACGUGCUACAUGCUGCGCUCUCCUGAUUUUCCUUUUCCUCUGUGCCAAUGCCGUGUGGUAUGGAGUAGUUGGAGACAGGAACCAUGGGGAUGGAGCCGUAUCACAACACGUGCCCCUCAGCAUUGACUCAGUGGCUGUGGGAAUGGUGACCAGCGUCUUGGUGUAUCCGAUCUACCUUUUCAUCCUCUUCCUCUUCAGACGGGCCCGCAGCAAGACCUGUGUGAAACAAUCCCUCUCCUUGUUUGAUCAGCAGUCACUGGAAAUUGAUAAUUACUUGGAUACAAUGGUGAUGGAGAGCUCAUUUAUGACUUAUACUGGAAUCCAUGGUGAGGCAUUUUCUGACCAAACCAAAACAGACAUAGCCUUGGACGAUACUAAAAGCUUUAUUCAGUGGAAUUCCAACGAUGGUGUACUUAGCUGGCCCGACCUUCUCAGUGACCCCUCCAUCAUGGGCAACACCAUUCAGAAGCUGGAGAGGCAUCGCACUUGCCGCCACAUUGGACUAGAUGGCAGCUGCCACCCCAGCGAGGAAGACAGCGUGGUUGUUGGUCUUCCACAACCUCCAGCUCGACCCUUCCUUGCUUCAGAUGAUGCCAGCAGCAUGUCCCUGCCACGGGAUCUAAGAAGGAUUUCUAGGACCGAUACAGAUCUUCUGUCAGACUUAUCUAAUCCUUUUGGGGACAAAACCGAUACCAUCAUUUUGGAUAAGCUAAAUGAGAGAGGUCAGGCCAUGACUUCCCCUGUUGGAGAGGUAACAAGAUCUCCCAAGUCAGCACGAACAGUAAUAACCGACGCGUUUCAGAGACCCAGGCAGAUGCUGCCCUCAUGGUGCGCUCGUGUAGCUCACGCUGUUAGCUGCAUUCUCCUACUCUGUUGCUUUGCCGUCUCUGUUUGGAUUGGCGUUGGGUUCACAUCCAGCAUUGGUCUAAUGUGGCUCAUUUCUGGGAUCUUCAGUUUCCUCUGCUCCUUCUUUGUACUUGAGCCACUGAAGGUCUUAUUGGAGGCACUGUACUUUGCUCUGGUGGUGAAGCGCCUGCAUCCUGAAGAAGAGGAUACACUGGUGGAAUGUCCUCUAGUGGAAAAAGUCUCUGAAAGGAUCACCAAAGUGAGACCCCCACAGGGAUUUGCUCUAUUCCAGGCCAGGGAGGAGGCACGAAAGGUGAAACUGCUCCAUAGGAUGCUAAAGAACCUUGUGGUCUACAUGCUGUUCUUUCUCAUAAUUCUGCUCACUAACUAUGGAGAUACUUCUAGAAAUCCUGGCGCUUAUCUGUUGCAGCGCUCCAUCAAGCAGGAACUGGACAGUCAGAGAUUUUUGCAAAUUAAGAGAUCUGAUGAAUUCUGGGAUUGGGCGUCAGAGAUUUUGUUGCCAUACCUGCACAAUAAUCAUCAGGCAGGAGGCAGCUACAGCAAUCUCCUAGGGGGUGCUCGUCUCCGUCAGAUCCGACUGAAAGAAGCACAAUGCACUGACCCAUCAACCCAUCAGACCUGUCCAGAGGGACCACACGUAUUUGACAACGACAGCUACGAUACUGGAUGGUCCCAGAGCUCCAUAGAUGCAUCACAGACUUGGACACACUCAUCAGCUGAUGUUACGGGCGACUGGUUUUGGGGCUCGCUCUCAAUUUACGACAGCUCGGGGUACAUUCAGCUGCUCGGAAACAGUUUGGAAGAGAACAUGGUCAUACUAGAAAAUCUCCAGCAAACUCACUGGGUCGAUAGCCUGACACGGGCUCUUUUCGUGGAAUUCUCUCUGUAUAGUCCUGGGGUUAACCUCUAUUCCUCUGUGACUCUGCUACUGGAGUUUCCUUUUUCUGGACGAGCCCUCCCUUCAUCCGAGAUCAGGGCCUUUCCCCUUAUGCAUCUGAGCAGUGAUACCCCACUCCACCUCACCAUGAUGGUCUUCCUUAUGAUGUUUGUAGUGUACUUUGUCCUCUCCGAGUGCCUGGUAAUCAGGAAAGAGGGAUGCUUGUACUUCACUCACUUCUGGAACUAUGUUCAGUGGACCCUGACGGGCCUAUCCACCUGCACUGUGGUUGUCUAUCUGAGCAGGGCCAGCCUGGCGGAGCGGCAGUGGAACACAUACCUGAAGGACAAAACCACCUUUAUCACCCUGCACCAAGUGGCCUUCCUAGGCAGCACUUUCCACGGCCUGUCCGCCUCCCUCCUCUUCAUUCUUACUGUAAAGGCUGCCCAACAGCUGAGGUUCAUCCGAGAGUGGUCAGUAUUUGGGAAGACAUUUGGCAUAUCCAUAAAGGAGUUGUGUGCAGCAUCUGGUGCCGUCCUCGGACUGGUGAUGAUGUAUGCUCAGCUUGGCUUUCUGCUAUUUUCUUCAUCUUGGGAGAAUUUCCACGGUUUUGGUUCCAGUAUGGUUACAAUGCUCUCUAUGGCUUGUGGAUGCAUCAGCAUUAAAUCCUCUUUCCCAAACUUCUACAUUCUCCCUCGGCUCUUUUCAAUAAGCUACACGGUUCUGGUGGUGUGGAUCCUUAGGCGGCUAAUGGCAGCAAUACUAAUUAGUAACUACAGCCAGGUGAGGAUGGAAAUGUUCCGUCCAGCCUUUGAACUUCAGGACUAUGAGAUGGUGGAACUCUUCUUAAGGAGGUUGCGGAUAUGGAUGGGAGUCAGCAAGGUUAAGGAGUUCCGUCAUAAAGUUCGGUUUGAAGGUAUGGAGCCACUUCCAUCACGUUCCUCAAGUGACUCAAAGUCUAUCCGAGGCCUCACCCCAAGUGCCGCUUCAGAUACCUCCUCCUCAUCCUCCUUCUCAACUAUCUCCAGUCAGCUUGACACCAUGAGUGCGGGGAGCACCAGGGAAACCAGGGAAAGAAUAGAAGUGGACUCAAACAUCCAAAGGUUGUUGCCCAUACUGGAGACCCUGCUUUCACAAUUUGACCAGGUUAACCAUGCCACUGAAGAGGUGUAUCGCAUGGAGUGCUGUUUAGAAGAAGUGCAGACAAAAGUCAUCAGAAGGAGAAGUGGCCAGGCCAAACAAAGUGGAGAUCAUCCCACCAGGAGGUCUGUAUCCAACUCCCAAAUGUCAACUAGGAACAGCCAAACCCCAACAACUACACAGGCGAGAAAAUCUGACACAAGCGCUCAUGUUACCAAAAGUUCUGCUUGGGCUUCCAGACCAUUCGCAGCUCCUGCGGAAGGCUUAGAGAGUUCAAUGGAAAGUAAGGCGAUUUCUUCAAACAAAACGAUGGGCGAAGAGCAGGCUUUGAUCCCAAUGCAGAUAACUUACUCUUCCCAAAAUAAAAAAAGAAAGUCGCUUCGGGCUCACAACAGAGUUCAUCCUAGCGUCAGUUAGCAGGCAGCGCACAUGCUUGCAUGGAUCGCAUAUUCAUUCAUACACCAUAUUUUUGGUGAAGAUGCCAGUGACCAGAAGCUUUUCUGCACUAAGCCUGCAACAGGAUGGUUGGAGAUGCAGGUCCAGAUAAAAGUAGUUGGUCAACCAACCAGGAAGUUUCUUGAAUUCUAAAGCCAAAUCUUUAUUUGGGACAAGUGAUGAUACAUUUGCUAGAUAAUUCUUGAAAUACCUUUGUAUCCACAUUUUAUCUUUGUUCCAGCUCAUAGGCAACCAGCAGAAAUACUUAUUGGUUUCUCUCUCUGAUCGAGCCCUGGUGGCUUGAAAGAUUUUAAUCUGCUACUUUUUUUAAAAGCCCUGGCGGCUUGAAAGCUUUAAUGUAAUCCCAGUAUGAGCCCUGGUGGCUUGUAUGGUUUUUUAUUGUUUUGUUUCUCAGAACAAGAUGAUUUUUUCCCCACAAGCCCUGACGACAUGUAGACAGCUGGCUGUUCUAGAAUCUGUCGACUUUAAUAUGCUUAUGAGUUGUAUGUGUGUGAAACAGAACUACAUGGUACUACGCAAUGCCUCUUACAGUGUUAAAAAACUCACAGAACGUUCCGAUGUCUUGACUUUUUGAGGUGCUUCUUGCAUAUAUUGUUGGUGCUUACACAAGGGGCCAUAGAGUUGAAGUAUCUGCUGGCUGGUUCUGGGAUCUUACAAGUUUCUGGAGCCACUUCUUCUCUAGCCUCACAAAAUCAUUCAGGGUGCUGCAAGAACUUCCAAAACCUUAUUUUUAAGCACUGUAAAGAGAUGCAGCGUGUUUUUUUUAAGAAGAGAACCAAAACUUUCGAUCCCUCUUCAAAGAGAAAAUAAUAGACUGUGAGUGACAAGACCCAAGACCUCAAUUGUGCACUUAAGAAACUUUUUUUAUGUAAUUAGCUUAAUAUAAGGACUUGCAAAGAGCAUGUCCAUUGUUGCUUUUCAGUUUUAUGGAGUACAGCACUAAUUUGCUUCACACUAACCAAAUUUAGUGAACGGCAUUGCUUUUGGCAAAAAAAAAAAAAAAUCUUAGUUUACGUGACACGUCUUCAACCUCUGAGAAGAAACCAUCCCCUGGAACCAGCAGUAUGCACAGAAAAUACAGAGUAAGGGGAGAAAACGUUGCACCUUGUUUCACAAACCAAAAGGUCGGACCAAGUUUGGAUAUGUGUCUCACUUAUAUGAAGUCUUCCUUAACCCCCUUUUAAAGGCUGUAUUACAGAUAUGUUUGUAUGGGUAUACUCUGGGUAUGACGUAUAGUGACUUUUUAUGCAAAAAAUGUAA